GUACCUCGUAUUCUGGCGUCACAGCUGUGUAUUUAUGUUGCUGCACUUCACUUUAAUCUACUUCCGCUACACUAUUUAGUUGCCGUCAUUUGUGAUUCUGCUGUCAGUAUUAUUCUGUAAAAUGAAGCCGAACAGCUUAGUUGUGGUCAAAUUCGCUGUUCGCAAGUGGUUGUAAGUUUAUUCGUGUAGAUGCGAUCCGUUGCGGUAGUGCAUUUUUCAUUGAUUUAUUGUACUUCAUUAUGGUUUUUCAGGACAAAAGAAGAAGUUAUACUAUUCCGAGAGUGUUAGAAAAGUGUCCUGAGUUCAAAAGAAGAAAAUAAAGCAAGUUUAAUUUAAUUUUUUUAGAAUGCUUUUGAAAUCUGGUGUAAUUGUGAAAUGUGCUCGUUGCGAGAAGUAAAAGAAAAUCGAUAAUUAUCCAACAAAACUUAUACCGUCAAAAGGUAUCGGUAAACUUUGAACUGUGCCUUAAUACAUUAUGUUAGUCGGUCUUCAUUAAUGUUCCAAAUUGCUGAAGAAUAUGCCACGGAAAAGCUACUUAAGAGUGAAAAAUCUCCCAAGGACAUCCAGCAAAAGUCACCAUAGUUUCCUGCUCAUUCACUCUCCACCAGCUGGGACGGCAAUCGUUUCAGGUGUGUCCCGGAGAAUCACCAAAAGUGUUAACACGUGUGCCAGUUAUCAUAACACGGGGAGUAGAAACAUUGCCAUCAACAAUUAGCUGCUCAUGAACGUAAUACGAACCAACGCUGCACUUCAACAUCCAUUAACAGUUACUGAAAAGGAAUUCCAAACUGCUCUCUUACACCCUCUAUCUCUUUCUGCGGGCUAUCGUAAUACUCUCCGGAAUCUAAAUCAUCCAAAUGAUGGUGACACUAGUGUAAAGUUUCAUACCCCAUACCCAUAUUCUAGAGCGUAACUGCCUGCGACGUAAUUAGCUCGCAGCAAGGACGAAAUACUUAAAUUUGCUCAACGGUAAAACAGAAUGGAUGAAAAGGAGGUCCAUUUUUUGCCACGGCCAAAAGUGCCAAAAGCUAAGAUUCCCAAGGCAGGUUGCCUGCGGUCGAUUGGUGACCGGAUACCUGCCCGCCUGGUGCUAUACUUUCUGUCCUGGUCCGGCUUUCUGGUGUCGUUUAUGAUGCGCAACGACAUCAACUUCGCGCUGGUAGCUAUGGUACGGGACGGCAGCUCGAACUCAUCGGUUAACGAUCACUGCGGCGGACUCUCAUCGUCAUCGUCAAUCGUGAAUGGCGUAGACCGUAAUUUCUCCGCCAUGUUCAAUGCCUCCGAAAUCGAAGAAGAUAGUCGGCCGGAUGUGACGAGGGAAAUUAUAGGUGAAUUUGACUGGGACUCGACCGUGCAGGCAGUUAUCAAAGGUUCGUUCUAUUGGUGCUAUGUACUGUCGCAAGUGGUUGGUGGCGUAGCUACGCAGUACUUCGGAACGAAGAACGUAUUCGGCUGGAGUCAGUUUCUGACGGCCGCCUGUAGUUUAUGCAUUCCAUAUGCGUCGGAUGUGCACUACGGUGUAGUGGUUUUGCUGCGAUCGAUUCAGGGGUUCGCAAGUGGACUGACAUGGCCAGCGAUGUACGCAAUCGUUGGCUACUGGAUACCGCCUGUUGAACGAAGUCGGUUCAUGUCCAGUUUCCAAGGGUUCAGCAUUGGAAUUGGGUUAACUUAUCCGCUGUGCGGAUUUAUCAUAGCGUACUUUGGAUGGCGGUUGGUUUUUUACACGACCGGAACCAUCGGAAUGAUUUGGUGCAUAUUUUGGUAUUUGCUGGCCUUUAACACUCCACAGGAGCAUCCCAGGAUAACUGCGGAGGAACUAGAAUACAUAGAAUUAAAUGUGAGUGAGGAUAUUAAAAACGGACAAGGAAUGAAGGUUCCAUGGAAAAAAAUCUUCACGUCCAUGCCAGUUUGGGCUAUAGGAUUGACAACGUUUGGUCGUAUCUGGGUGCACUAUACCUUCAUCAUGUCCGGACCGGAAUAUAUGCAAAAAAUCUUGUGUUUUGACAUCAAAGAAAACGGCCUAUUGAGCGGAACACCAUUCCUCUGCUCCUAUCUUUCAUCGGUGCUGUUUUGUUACAUCGCAGAUUAUUUGAUGGACAAACAACUAAUGACGCUAACCAAUGUGAGAAAAUUAUUCACCGCCCUCUCACAGAUUGUGCCGGGUGUGCUGGUAUUGCUGGUCGGCUACCUAGGAUAUAACAUCCUGGUUGUCCUGAUAUUGUGGUUUGUAGCUGUCACAUUCAUCACAGCUUCGUACGCCGGUGCUAUGGCUAACAUUGUGGAUAUUGCUCCUAACCUGGCCGGGCCUGUGCUUGCCUUCGCUCAGACCAUACACAUGACUGCAUCGUUUUUGCAGCCUCUCGUGAGUGGCGUGAUGGUGACUGAUUCGCAAAAUAUCAACCAAUGGCAGCACGUGUUCGGUGUCAGCUCGGUGGUUGCUAUCAGCAGCUACUUGGUGUUCCAGAUUUUCGGUACCGCUGAUAUUCAACCGUGGAACUAUCCGCUGCCGGAUCCGGAAAUCACCUCUACCGAUGAUUCAAUGGCGAUUUCCAAGCGACCGAUGCUGACAGUGGAAUCAAGCGGUAAUGGUGGCGGAUCUAAUUUCGAUGACGAAGAUGACAAUAACGAUGGCAGUGAAUAUUAAAGCGAUUGUAUUUGAAGGGUACUUAACAACUACAUGAGGUUGUUUUGAAGGCACACUAUGUUACUGUUAUAGAGAUUAGUGAUACGUAAUCAAUUCCAUCUGCUAAUUCAAAUGUUUAAAGUGUAAAUAGAAGCUGUUAUGUGCACGUUUAGAGUACUUAAAAGUUGGACCUAUUCUAGUAAGAUAUAAGCAUUAAUGUGCCGUGUAUAAAGAAUUUUAUAUUUAUCCCUAAUGGAAGUGUACAAAAAAGGCAACAAGUAAAUAAAACAGUUAUUAAUAGAUUUAAUUGUUAUUUAGUACAUUAAAUUUCACGAUCUCACCUAUAACAAGUAACAAUCUUCAGCUAAAUAUUUGUAACAUUUUGAGGAGAUCCAAUUAUACCACUUAAACCAUAGCUGUUAUUUUUACUGAUACUGAUCACGAAUCCAUCUGAGCGAGAAAAAAAUCAAAAUUCCCUCUUUCAGGUUACAUGAAUUUUCACUUCACACGUUUUAAGCUUUAAAUAACAUAGAGGAAAUCUUCACAAUAAAAUGCUGCUCAGAUUUAGUAUGAU